GUGAUGUUUAUGAAUAAAACAGUUAUUUUUUUUUUAAGAACUGCUGCAAACAGAUGAGCUACAUUCGUAACAUGUUGCCAUGGUCAAAAUUAAUUUGCAUAUUUGCGGUUGUCGGUCUUUCUUAUUGCAUGCCAGAUCCCAGGUCGUGUAAGAACUCUACAAUGGCAGAUGUCGUUAUCCUGCUGGACGCCUCAACAAGUAUUGGAGCCAAUAAUUGGAAAACUGAGAUCACUUUUGCCGCAGACCUGGUCAAAUCCUUCAGCGUAGGAUCAAAUGAUGUUCGCUUUGCUGCAGUGAUGUUUAACAAGGACUCCUCCAAGAUAUUUGACCUUAAGUCAUUCUCUGCUGCACAGGAUAUUGCUGACACUUUAGACAACAUUCCUUAUCCAAACACUGUCGGUACUAACACUCACCUGGCACUGGCUCAAGUCAGAUCUCAGAAGCUGUUUAGUACAAUGUCUGGAGGCAGGUUCAUUGCCAAAGAUGUUCUAGUUAUACUGACAGAUGGCCGUUCUAAGCAUCCAACACUAACCCAAGAUGAGGUGGAACUUUUGAAAGCUUCUGGCACUAACGUCAUUUCAGUGGGAAUCGGCCAAACGGACAGGAAUGAACUUGCCAGGAUGGCUUCCAAGUCUGAGAACGUGUUUACAACUGCUGACCUCAGAUUAGUGGAUCAUAUCAAGAAAGAAUUUUCAACUACUAUUUGUGACAUUCAACCCUUGAAUCAAGUCAGCACUUUAGUGUAGAACAAGCCUGAUAUACUUACAAGAAGACAAAAAUACCCAAUAUAGAAAAAUUACUAAAAGUGUUGUUUUUUUUUCCUAAUAUUGUUUUUUUUU